GACAGAUUCUAAUGGAGUGAUGGGUGAAGGAGAGCACAGGGCCAGGGGGACAUGGCUGAGGCCAAGCUGGGCUGGACCCUCCUCUUCUUGGAGCCCUGAUGGAGGGCUGCCUGGCAGAGGAGGGCAGCGUUCUCUUGAUCGAUCCUCACAGCUCAGGCAAAGCAACCAGUGCACUGUGCAGCACCAGCCAGAAGCUGCAGACAGAGAGCGGCUCAGACAGCACCUACAGGCUGGAGCUGGGCCACGAGCUCCACUGCACACAGAUGCCAGCCUUCAGCCACAAGGUGGUCCAACAGAUGCUGUCCUGGGCUGAGGCCAUGUUCUCAAGGGCACUGAAGAGGCUCUGCAAACCCCUGCUGGACCUGUACGGCCUCGCAGCCAGGUAAUGCAGGGUUGGGAGUGGCACAUCCGGCAUUCCUGCCACAUAUCAGGCACAGUGCUGAAUGCUUCGACAAGCUCUGACUCACUGAUUCCUCUGACUGCCCUGCACAGAGGCUUCUUCACUCCCCAUUUCA